AUGUAUGUCAGGAAGCGUGACGGUCGUCAGGAGCGUGUCCAGUUCGACAAGAUCACCGCUCGUGUCUCGCGGCUGUGUUACGGCCUGGACACUGAGCAUGUCGACCCUGUGGCCAUUACCCAGAAGGUCAUCUCCGGUGUCUACGGAGGCGUCACGACGGUGCAGCUUGACGAUCUCGCUGCCGAGACUGCCGCGUACAUGACCGUUACCCACCCCGACUAUGCCAUCCUGGCCGCCCGUAUCGCCGUCUCCAACCUCCACAAGCAGACCAAGAAGCAGUGGUCAGCUGUCGUCAGCGACCUCUACCACUAUGUCAACCCCAAGAACAACAGGGCCUCGCCCAUGAUCUCCAAGGACACGUAUGAAUGUGUCAUGCGCCACAAGGAGGAGCUCGACUCCGCCAUCGUCUACGAUCGAGACUUCAACUACCAAUACUUUGGCUUCAAGACGCUGGAGCGGUCAUACCUUCUGAAGCUCGACGGCAAGAUUGUCGAGCGGCCACAGCACAUGAUCAUGCGGGUGGCUGUCGGCAUCUGGGGAGACGACAUUGAGCGUGUCCUCGAGACCUACCACCUCAUGUCCAGCAAGUUCUUUACUCACGCCUCCCCCACCCUCUUCAAUGCUGGUACCCCGCAAGCCCAGCUGUCCUCAUGCUUCCUGGUCGACAUGAAGGACGACAGCAUUGAGGGUAUCUAUGACACGCUCAAGACGUGCGCCAUGAUCUCCAAGAUGGCUGGUGGCAUCGGUUUGAACGUUCACCGCAUCCGUGCCACCGGCUCUUACAUUGCCGGCACCAACGGCACCUCCAACGGCAUUAUCCCCAUGCUGCGAGUCUUCAACAACACUGCCCGAUACGUCGACCAAGGUGGCAACAAGCGUCCUGGUGCCUUUGCCAUCUACCUCGAGCCCUGGCACGCUGACGUCUUUGACUUCCUUGAUCUUCGCAAGAACCACGGCAAAGAAGAGGUUCGCGCUCGCGACUUGUUCCUUGCUCUCUGGAUCCCCGAUCUCUUCAUGAAGCGUGUUGAGAAGAACUUGGACUGGACGCUCAUGUGCCCCAACGAAUGCCCUGGCCUGGCUGACUGCUAUGGCGAGGAGUUCGAGGCUCUGUACGAAAAGUACGAGAGGGAAGGACGUGGUCGCAAGACCAUCCGCGCUCAGAAGCUGUGGUACUCCAUCCUCGAGGCUCAGACCGAGACCGGUAACCCCUUCAUGCUUUACAAGGACCACUGCAACCGCAAGAGCAACCAGAAGAACCUAGGAACCAUCCGCAGCUCCAACCUCUGCACUGAGAUCAUUGAGUACUGUGCCCCUGAUGAGGUUGCUGUCUGCAACUUGGCCUCUCUGGCCCUCCCCGCCUUUGUUGACUACAACGAGGGAUGCUACGACUUCAAGAAGCUUCACGAAGUCACCAAGGUGGUUGUCCGUAACCUCAACCGCAUCAUUGAUGUGAACCACUACCCUGUCCAGGAGGCCCGCAACAGCAACAUGCGCCACCGACCUAUUGGUGUCGGUGUCCAGGGUCUUGCUGACGCGUUCCUUGCUCUGCGUCUGCCCUUUGAGUCUCCCGAGGCUCGCGAGCUGAACAAGCAGAUCUUUGAGACCAUCUACCAUGCCGCCCUUGAGGCUUCCAUGGAGAUUGCCAAGGUCGAGGGCCCCUACGAGUCGUUCAAGGGAUCGCCUGCGUCUGAGGGCAUACUCCAGUACGACAUGUGGGACGUCAAGCCCUCCGACCUGUGGGAGUGGGACUCUCUCAAGGAGCAGAUCAAGGAGCACGGUGUCCGCAACAGCUUGCUCGUCGCUCCCAUGCCCACUGCCAGUACUUCUCAGAUCCUGGGCAACAACGAAUGCUUCGAGCCCUACACUUCCAACAUCUACCAGCGACGUGUCCUCGCUGGUGAGUUCCAAGUUGUCAACCCCUGGCUUCUCAAGGACCUGGUCGACACCGGUCUCUGGUCCGAUGCCAUGAAGAACCGCAUCAUUGCCGAGAACGGCUCCAUCCAGAACAUUCCCAACAUCCCCGAGGACAUCAAGGCUCUGUACAAGACCGUUUGGGAGAUUUCUCAGCGCCAAAUUGUCCAGAUGGCGGCUGAUCGUGGUGCUUUCAUCGACCAGUCUCAGUCCCUGAACAUCCACAUGAAGGACCCCACGAUGGGCAAGAUUACCAGCAUGCACUUCACCGGCUGGAAGCUCGGUCUCAAGACCGGCAUGUACUACCUCCGUACCCAGGCCGCAGCUGCGCCUAUCCAGUUCACCGUUGAUCAGCAGGCGCUCAAGGUUGCCGACACCGCCGUCAGCAAGGACCGUGUGCUGAAGAAGCGGGCUCCUCCCCCGGGUUCUUCUUUCAUGAUGACCUCUCCGUCUGCCGUCCCUCGCCCCAGCAGUGCCAAGAGGGAAGAAAGCACCGCAAACUCGUUGAGCUCUAACGGAGUUCCUACACCCACCACCACACCUCCCCCCUCAAGCAGGCCACUGGCCUCCCCUCACAAGGCCCCUCCCAUGAAGGCCGACAUUGACGAGGGAGACAGCCCCAAGGUUCUUCCUACUGAGCCCUCAGACAAUGUCAAGGAUGAGGAGCUGGAGAAGAAGCCCAACCAGUCUGAGGACAAGGAUGAGGAUAGUGAAGAGCGGGAAAGGGACAUUUACUCAGACGCUGUUCUGGCCUGCAGCAUCGAAAACCCCGAGGCCUGUGUCAUGUGCAGUGGCUAG